UAGCCCCAGUGUCAGUGUAUAAAGUGCUUUAAGUUCUGUUGUUAUUUUUUUUUUUAUUGUUGUUGUGUUGUUCUCAGCAAGCGAUCUUUUAGUGAACUUUUAGACUUAGUUCAGAGAGCAAAUAAAUCUUGUUGACAACACAGCACAGCUCUCUCACACUCACACACACACGCACGUGCAUACAAAAACGUAGUGCACGUUAAAAAUUCUCAUUAAGUGGGAGCUUUGAAGGAGCUGCAAGAACGAGAGCGAAAAUUACGCGAGCACGUAUACGAGAAAGAGUUAAACACGAGGAGGACAUUUGCUUUAUACCGAUAUAGAAGUAGCGGCGAAAUCGCCAGCAUGUGGAGCCCACAAAAAGGUCCUACACGUCUGUGGGACCUUAGACUGAGUAGCUGUAUAUUUAUUUUACAUUUAAUGUUUAGUUUAGUCAUAGCUGGUAAUGAACUGUGGCCCAUGGAGCGGCCGGAUGGAAUGCCAAACAUAGUUUCACUCGAGGUCAUGUGCGGUAAGGAUCACAUGGAUGUGCAUUUGACCUUCUCCCAUCCCUUCGAAGGCAUUGUGAGCUCCAAAGGACAACACAGUGAUCCACGUUGUGUGUAUGUGCCACCAUCGACGGGCAAGACGUUCUUCUCGUUCCGCAUCUCGUAUUCCCGCUGCGGCACCAAACCGGAUCUCAAUGGCCAGUUCUACGAGAAUACGGUAGUCGUGCAGUAUGACAAGGAUCUGCUUGAGGUCUGGGACGAGGCGAAACGCUUGCGCUGCGAAUGGUUCAAUGACUAUGAGAAGACUGCCUCCAAGCCGCCGAUGGUAAUUGCCGAUUUGGAUGUAAUACAGCUUGACUUUCGCGGCGAUAAUGUUGAUUGCUGGAUGGAGAUACAACAUGGCAAGGGACCCUGGGCGCCGCCAGUGAGCGGCAUUGUGCCGCUAGGAUCAACGCUCACCCUGGUUGUGGCCAUCAAUGACUAUCGCGGUGAAUUCGAUAUGCGCGUCAAGUCGUGUGUGGCUUCCGAUGGCUCGGGACACGUGAUCAAUCUAUCCGAUGAAUUCGGUUGUGUGCUGCGACCCAAGAUGAUCUCACGCUUCCUCAAAUCCCGUGCCCCCGACGAACGUGCCACCGUCAUAACGUACGCCUUCUUCCAUGCCUUCAAGUUCCCCGAUGCGCUGAGUGUGCACAUCAAAUGCAAGGUGGAGAUCUGUCGUCAUGGCUGCCUCGAUCACUGCCAGAACACGGCCGGUGGCGAUGGCCUCGGUCCGGCCAUUGGCAGCGCGAAUGAGCGCAAGGAUGUCCAUAUGGUGGACAAUGUGGGCAGCAGCAGCAGCAACGAUUUGUUCCGCGACUUGGCCUUGCCACCGGCAUCGAUGGGCGGCCAUGGCGGACAGUCGGCGACCCAUGGUCUGGGCAUGGGUUUGGAUCAUGACAUUUUCUACGAGGACAUUAUACACGAUCACAAGCAGACUAUGGGCGGCGGCGGAGGUGGUGGAGGCAAUGUCGGUGUCGGUGGCGUCGGCGAUUUGUAUGAGGAGAAGAGCGUUAAUUUGCAGCCGCGUCCGGUGCACGAAAUACCCGAUGAGGAGGCCGAUCUAUCCGAUCUGUUUGGCGACGAUGAUCUCAGCGACAUGGACGCCGAUGGCGAACGCUAUUUGGGCUUGAAGAAGAGCGGCAAAUUCCCGCAUGGACCGCGUCAGCUGGAGGCUCAAAAGCGCAUGGGAGUGCCGAUGGCAGGACCACGUUCCCUCGAACCCAAAUCGGAGAUGGACGAUGUCCCACGUCCCGUUUAUCGGCCACAGGCGGAGGCAUUGAAGCAACCACGCGAGGAUCAUAUUGAUUUGGAUGAUGCAGUCGAUGAGGCACAAAACACGAGCUCAACGGAAACGCCAACGUCACAGGAGCAGCGACGUCGUCGUCGUCGUCGGUCGCUGGUGAUUGCCGAUCGCAAGGUGCGCAGCGCCGAUGUGGGCGUCAGUGGACUGUACGAUGUCAUCUCAGAGGCGGAUCUGGCCUUUUCGCCCGAUGCCAAACAGGAGGCGGUCACCGUCUUCCAGGGCAAGAUCAGUGAGGAGGUUGUCUAUGGCAUUUGCAUGCCGGUGCCCGGUUUUAGCAUACUCUUCAUUGUGGUCAUAUCGGCGACAAUUGUGUCGGCCUUGAUUGCCGGCUCGCUGCUCUAUCGCUAUCAGCUGCAGAAGGAGGCGCUCGAGAAGCAGACGCCAAUGCCAGUGCCCGGCACUUUGGCCUCAUGGAUGACGUUGCGUCUGUUCCGCAUGCGACACCUGCAACAGCAGCAGCAGCAGGAGCAACAGCGACAGCAGCAGCAGCAACAGACGGUGCCCAGUGCUGAGGCGGUGCAGUGAGAGAGAUCACUUCAGUAUUCCUGUUUACACUCCCUUCCCGCCUUCCUACCCCCACUUUUCUCCUACUCAUCCCUAACUGCAGCAUUUCAUGCGCUCUUUUCUUUGUGUUUUUCAUUUGAUAUCCAAUUGACUGACAAGUUCUGUUUGCACCUCGACCAGAAGAAACAUGCA